AUGAGCACGCUUGACAGCUUCUGCACCAUACCUCUCUCCCCCAUGUCAUCGAAACGCUCCUCCGAAGCGACCCACGAAGAACCACCCGAUUGGCUUCUCGUCGAACAUGACAUGCGGCCGUAUACUCACCAGCCCGACCCGACCAUGCCGACCAGACUCGCCGUAUAUAACGCCCUACGACGUCUCGCCUAUAACAUUAGAUCCUUUGCUGCGGCAUUCCCUGAUAAGCUCCGUCGCGCGGUUGACCGUGGAUGGCGGCCCGCGAACAACUUCACCGACAAGGAAUACGCGCGCAUGGUGGAGGUCCGAGACGCUGACGCGUGGGAUUGGGAGGAGGGUGUUUCUCUGGUGACUGAGGCAGCUGUCUGGCUCACUCACCGGACAUUGGGCGCAUAUGGCGGUCGGGGAGGUCAGUGA